AUUUCAUACUGUGCUCUUUGGAAGGAAAUCACUGAGCACAGCCCACACUAAAGGAAUGGGGAGUUGUAGUAUACUUUCUUGGGAGUGGUCUAAAUAAUUAAGUGAAAUUCUUUUGCAAAGGAUAGUUGUCCCUUUCGCUUUGUUUAUUAGUUUGAUCAUUUAUGUUUAUCAGUGUGGACACAUGAAUAUUUUAUACUUUGGGUUACAAUUUAAUACUACUUUAUUUUGUUGCUCAAAUUAUCCCAGCUUUGGCCAUUGGGAACUCUUUCAGUUUUCUCCUGUUCCCCCUUUGACAUGCCCCCAUCAAUGUGGGUUUUGUGUUUUGUUUUUGAGCGCCUCCUUAUUUUUCUCCUUUAUUUUUAAAUAACCCCAAUCCCUAUCGAAGUUGGCACUAGGAAAACUAACAAUACUCCCUUUCCCAGGUCAUCCUAUUCCUAUGCUGAUGGAGGAAAUGUGCCUCACAUUCGGGGGGCGCUGGGGAGGAGGCGUCUGGGAUUAUGUGGUUGAAUAAGACACCUGGCCUGGCCCUCCUGGAGCUUAGUUUAGUAGGUCACACAAGCAGUCACUGGUAAAUUUGGGAUUCAAACAAAUCUGUUAGGCUCAAACCUGUCUGUUAUUUGUCCUCCAAGCUUCAUAUAAACUGAGGAGCCUUCAAGGGUAAAAACUUCAGGAGCAGCGAAGUUUUAAAAAACGAUUAGCAAGAAAGCUGUUUUCCAGAUUUUAUCCUGAAGGCACUAGCUACUUUAAGCUAUUUUUUAUUGUAUUUUGCCCUUGCAGUUGGCGUUUGAUUUCUCACUGAACAUUCAUUGUCAUAAUUAUAGAUACUAUGUGACUAUCAAUGGCAUAAUAUUCUUUUAUGCUGCAUUUUUAUUAGAUGGCACCUCAAAGUUUUCCCAGGUAGGUGGGUUUUAAAUUAUGAAUAUAUACAGUGGCAUAGUAUCUUACUUAGUAUUUUAAUAAGAUCCUUAUUUAUAUAACAAAUAUUUGUUUUAUUUCUCUAGUGCUACUUUAGUCUCUGAGCUAAUUUUAAUGAAGCCAAUCUAAAAAUCGUGUUACUUCUAAGGAUGUCGAGUGAGUGAGUUGAAUAGUUCUGCUGUCAUAUUGCCCCUCCCCAGUGCAGAUAGUGAAUGAGGACCCACUGAUUUAAAGGCAACACUGCAGCCCCUUCUUGCCUCAUUGAAGUCCCAAGUUUUAUUAUUACAGUAAAAGCACUUACUGUUGACAUUUCUGAAAGAAUGAAGAGGCCGGGCACGGUGGCUCACGCCGGUAAUUCCAGCACUUUGGGAGGUUGAGGCAAGCGGAUCAUGAGGUCAGGACAUCGAGACUAUCCUGGCUAACAUGGUGAAACCCCGUCUCUACUAAAAAUACAAAAAAUUAGCCAGGCGUGGUGGCGAGCGCCUGUAGUCCCAGCUACUUGGGAGGCUGAGGUAGGAGAAUGGCGUGAACCCGGGAGGCGGAGCUUGCAGCUGAGAUCGCCCCACUGCACUCCAGCCUGGGCGACAGAGCAAGACUCUGUCCCAAAUAAAUAACCAAUGAAAUUAGCCGGGCGUGGUGGCGGGCACCUGUAGUCCCAACUACUCAGGAGGCUGAGGCAGUUGAAUGGCAUGAACCCGGGAGGCGGAGCUUGCAGUGAUCUUAGAUUGUGUCACUGCACUCCAGCCUGGGCGACAGAGCGACUCCGUCUCAAAAAAAAAAAGGAAAAAAAGAAUGAAGAGCCAGAGCCAGGCAUAGUGGCACGCCUGUAGUCCCACCUACACAGGAGGCUGAGGCGGGAGGAUCACUUGAGCCCAGGAAUUCAAAGCCAGCCUGCACAACAUAGACCCUGUCUCUAAAAAUGAAUUGGUUAAAAAGGAAGAAGAAAGGAAGGAGGAAAGGGAGAAAGAGAAGCCCUUAUAGACUGGGUGCAUUUCUUGUAUGUGGGGCCACUUUGUAAGAACAGGACUUUUCAAACUGGGCCCAUACUGGUAUGUGUGAAAUCAAUUAAGUUGGUUAUGGCCAUUUUUUUAAAAAGGAAAUAUCAGUGAUCACUAUAGUGUAAGUGUAUUGUUUCGUGAAACCCAUCUUAGUUAUGUGUUAUGUCUGUAUGUGUAAGAUUGUGAUAUAAAAUGUAUUUCUUACUGUGGUUAAGUAUUCAAAGAAGUUGGAGAACCAUUGCUGCAAGGGGACAGAGGACUCCGUGUGAGCUCUCCUGCCUUCCCUGAAUAAACUUACAGAAUUUAGUGCUGGGACAUUUGAACCUUUUCUGAAAAUUUGGGUCAGGGAGAGCAUCUUGGGGAGGUGGGUAGGAAGGUAGAGGGAGCAAAGCAACACCCCCCUGAAGCCUGGGAAUAUUGUCAGAACCUUAAAUAUAAUUCAGCUCACCAUUCCGGAUAAGGACAGACUCUACCAAUGAAAAUGGGUGAUUACCAGCUGUGAAACACAAAAACAUACUUUUACGGUUACACAUUCCUUUACAAACAACCGUGUACAUUUCAGCCUCCCGCCCCACCAUUUCUUUUCUCCAGGAGGGAAGACUGCAUGUCGAGGUGGUCAUAGAAUGUUGAGUAUCAUACUUUCCUACCUCGCUUUUAUUUGCGCGGUUUUAAAUGCACCUUAACAGAACCCAUGCAAAGGCUUGCCAACUGGCUGGCUGCGCCGGAUGAGUAGAGCAUCUUCCCUGGUGGCAGGUGGGUGCGAGGAGGAGGGGGCUGGGCUUUCCUCCGGACGGGUGUUUGCCCAGAAGACCCUCAUCAUUGGACUACGUCAGGAGGAAGUGGCACCGCUCCGAGGUAGGGGAAGAAGGGUUAUAAAGGGGGGAGUCCACCAUACAUGGUCUUGAAGAAGCUUUUAUAAAAGGCAAAGCCAUCUUUGCCGGACGUUGUUGGAAAGGAGUAGAAACUAGCAGACGAAAACAUCCCAAAGGGUAACCAUUAGCGUUCCUGCUUCUUGCAACAUUCAUCCCAGGCUUCCAGCUCAGCCCGCCCCAGGCCAGGUGAUCGGCCGCCACAUCCCCUGCGACUGAAGCACCUGCUCCUCCAUGAACUUGUCAAGAACUGAGCGCCUUCGCUCCACACCGCAGCGCAGCCUCCGGGACUCCGAAGGGGAAGACGGUGAAAUCGAUGUCCUGGGAGAGGAGGAAGAUGAAGACGAGGAGGAAGACGAGGAGAAGGAGGCGAGCCAGCAGUUUCUGGAGCAGUCGCCCCAGCCGGGGCUGCAGGUGGCCCGGUGGGGCGGGGGUGCCCUUCCCCAAGAGCACAUCGAGGGCGGCGGCGGCCCGAGCGACCCCUCAGAGUUUGGCACCAAGUUCAGGGCACCGCCAAGGUCUGCGGCGGCCUCUGAAGAUGCCCGGCAGCCGGCAAAGCCCCCCUACUCGUACAUCGCGCUCAUCACCAUGGCCAUCCUGCAAAGUCCGCACAAGCGCCUCACGCUCAGCGGCAUCUGCGCCUUCAUUAGUGGCCGCUUCCCCUACUACCGCCGCAAGUUCCCCGCCUGGCAGAACAGCAUCCGCCACAACCUCUCUCUGAACGACUGCUUCGUCAAGAUCCCCCGCGAGCCGGGCCACCCGGGCAAGGGCAACUACUGGAGCCUGGACCCCGCCUCCCAGGACAUGUUCGACAACGGCAGCUUCCUCCGGCGUAGGAAGCGUUUCAAGCGCCACCAACUGACCCCGGGAGCCCACCUGCCCCACCCCUUCCCUCUACCUGCUGCACACGCCGCCCUGCACAACCCCCACCCAGGCCCUCUGCUUGGGGCCCCUGCCCCGCCGCAGCCUGUCCCGGGGGCCUGCCCCACCGCCGCCCCCGGGAGACGCCCGUACGCCCUGCUGCACCCUCAUCCUCUUCGCUACCUACUGCUCUCGGCACCCGCCUAUGCCGGGGCACCGAAGAAAGCAGAAGGCGCGGACCUGGCGACCCCGGCACCCUUCCCGUGCUGCAGCCCUCACUUGGUCCUCAGCCUUGGGAGGAGGGCAAGGGUCUGGCGCCGCGACCGGGAGGCGGAUGCAUCUCUUUCAGCAUUGAGAGUAUUAUGCAAGGGGUCAGGGGAGCGGGUACAGGGGCUGCGCAGAGUUUCUCCCCGACCUCGUGGAGCUACUGCCACCUGCUCCAGCGACCAUCAUGCCUGUCGGACAAUUUUGCAGCAACAGCAGCAGCAUCAGGAGGAGGACUGCGCCAACGGCUGCGCUCCCACCAAGGGCGCGGUGCUGGGCGGGCACCUGUCGGCCGCCUCGGGGCUGCUGAGGUAUCAGGCAGUGGCAGAGGGCUCUAGGCUGACAUCGCUGGCUGCCCCUUUGGGCGGAGAGGGGACCUCACCAGCUUUUUUAGUAUCGCCCACGCCCAGUUCCCUGGCCAACUCCCCAGGGCCCUCCUAGAGCCAGGUGGGAGGGCGGAGCGACCCGCAGCUGCUCACUCCACCUUGCGCGGCCCAUACUGGGCAUGUGCAUCUGAAUCCCGCUGGAGAGCAAACACGAACUUCUGUUCGCUGCGAAAUGGUUAGAAAGAAACAGCUGGAUUACGUUCCUCUAAAAACCACCUGAACGUAACCUUCGCAGGGCGUCAAGUCGUCUUUUCUUGCCUUCGGUUGUGGCUUCUAUGGCUUUCCCGAUUUGCACAUUUCCUGGGGUACUAUGAACGUGAGUGGGGUAUUUUGUUCUGGCAUUAAAAGAAAAACAAGCAAGCAAACAAAAACACAGCCUCCGAUGCUAAACAUGUUCCCCCUUCUUCACUUCCUUGAAACUGGAAGUAUUAUUCCUAAGUCAAGUGCAAAAUGCUUCUGCUCUGUGUGUGUUCCCGAUAGGGAUGUUUAAUGUAAGUAGGAUAUGAAUUUCAGAGCAUUGAUUUCUUAUCUGUGUGUCUGACGUGCCAUCUUUAUUGUUAAAAUUAAGAUGUUAAAAUUAAGCCUAAUUAUAUAGACGAAAUAAAAUGCUAAGU